AUUGUGUAAAUGAGAGUGCACAUGGACUGUCAAGGAUGCGAAAACAAAAUAAGGAAAGCUCUCAAGAAGCUUCAUGGAGUGGACAACAUUGACAUAGACAUGAACAUGCAAAAGGUGACAGUAACAGGAUGGGCAGAUCAGAAAAAAGUGCUCAAAACAGUGAGGAAAACUGGAAAGAGAGCUGAACUAUGGCCAUAUCCAUACAAUCCUGAAUACCAUAAUUAUAUGCACCAUUAUUAUUGUGACACAUUUUACAGCAGGCCGGGCACUUACUAUGCCCCGCCUUCUUCCUACAACUACCGCGUGCAUGGCUACAAUGGCCAUGUUCACGGUUCCUAUGCAGAGCUUCCUUACAAUACUAUUUUCGAUGAACAAACCAGGCACAUGUUUAGUGAUGACAAUGCAACUGGUUGUUCUAUUAUGUGA